GGUUCUUCCCAAACUGCAACAUCACCUCCUCAACAAACGUAAGUACCACACGCUUUGUGCUCCAUUGAGGUAGGUGAAAAUGAAAAUGUCAUACGUGACACCUUUCUUUAUGCUUGUCCUGUUACUUGGGGAGACAGUUCAGGUAACUUCUGCUGUUACUUGUGACCCAGUUGAGUUAAGCGCAUGUGCAAAUGCGAUAACAUCUUCAAGCCCACCAUCAGCAAUCUGUUGCAGCAAGUUGAAGCAGCAGAGACCUUGCCUCUGUCAGUAUGUUAAGAAUCCAAACCUCCAGAAGCUUGUCAACUCUCCCAAUGCCAAGAAGGUGGCUACCAUUUGUGGCUCUCCGUUCCCCAACUGCUAGCUAGCUUCUCUAUGCUACACUGUAUUCACAGUGAUUGUUUAGCUAGUAACCUCUGCUCUAUGUCUAAUCGGUGUGUGCUAUAAAUGGUGUGCCCAAUUGUCCUUAGACAACGCUGGUCGUUGCCUACUGACAUGGCACAGCAGAUGGGUUAUAUAGUUUGAAUGGAUUACGCCUGAAGUUUUCUUCUUUUGUAUCUCUGCUUGUGGUAGAAUUCUUUCCAUGUAUUUACGUGUCUAUUUCUUGUUCAAAAUUAUAAAGAGGUUGCUUCUCAGCCA